AUGGAAGUCACGAAAGACUGCAACUUGAUGAGAAUCGAGCUCCCCUUCCCAAACCCGAAAGCAGCACUUGUUGCUUACAGGGCCCUCGCCGUUGACCCUCCCCCUCCGAGGUCCACUAUAAACAUAAAUUCUUUUGUGCGCGACAGUUCGAUAAUUGCCGAAUUUUCACCAGCUUCAGAUGCGAGUGAACCGAAUUCACUUUCACAAUUGAAAAAGUUGCGAACCGCUGUCAGUUCAUGGCUCGAAUUAACCUAUCUCACUCGUGAAACUAUGGCUCACGAUGUUGCGGCUCCACCCAACCGUCAUUUUUUUAUAGAUAUGGAAAAUCCACUUGACGGUCUCUUCCUCAACAUUGCACAGCAAUGCCCUAAUGGAAUUCAAGGCUUACUAGAAGCUUUCUUCGGUUUUCUUGCUCGGCGGACAGACUUCUACUACGGUGCCACGGAAUCAACUGCUAAAAAGUUGGUUCUUGACAACUUCAAAAACUAUAAAGAUGUUGCCAUGACUCGACGUGAUCAAGAAAGGGAAGAAAUGAAGGAAAAGGAUGAGCGAGAAAAGCGCCGACGGGCCGAAAAAGCCGAAGAAGCAUUACGGAAAAACGCCGAGAAAGCAACGGAAGCUGCAGGAGACAAUGAUACAGCUAAGGGCGUUGUCAUUGAGGAAGUUUUCGAUGAACCAAGUGCAAACGGUGAACAGCCUCCUAAAGUCGAGACCAAAGAGGACAAAGUGCCUGCGGCUUCUGAAAAGCCCGAACCGAAGCCCGUUAAGAUUGGUCCGCUUGAAGAGGGGGAGGAGGAAGACGAGGCAGACAAAGGUAAGCUGAAGCCUAACGAGGGCAACGGAGGAGAUCUUCCGAACUAUCGUUGGGUGCAAACUCUCGGUGAUGUCGAUAUCUACAUUCCAACAAAGCUUCCUACCCGUAUAAAGAGCCGCCAGGUUACUGUCCAGUUCAAGAGGAAGCACCUGAAAAUUGCCAUAGGUAGCAAUACAAUUCUCGAUGGACUCCUAUACAACGAAGUCAAGACAGAGGAAUGCUCCUGGAUCUUAGAAGACGGUCUUGAAGUUGUAGUACACUUGGAGAAGAUCAACAAAAUGGAGUGGUGGUCACGCAUAGUUGAGGGUGAGCCUGAAAUCAACACCAAGCGAGUGCAGCCAGAGAAUUCUAAGCUGGGAGACCUAGAUGGCGAGACUCGGAGCAUGGUGGAGAAGAUGAUGUAUGAUCAACAGCAGAAGCAGAUGGGGCGUCCAACUUCCGAGGAACAGAAGAAGCAGGAGAUGCUGAAAAAGUUUAUGGACGCUCAUCCCGAAAUGGACUUUUCGAAAUGCAAGUUCGGCUAG